AUGAACACAAGGUCCCCAGUUCAUUUAAAGUACGGUGUCAUACCUAUAGUUCAGUAUCCAUAUGAUUCAGAGGAUGAAAUAAAUGACGGUGAUUCAGAUUCUGAAGAAAACCUACAAACCAAGGAACUUCUGAGUCAGUCAAGACAUAUUGAGACAAAACCUGAUAUAUGUAUGACCGUGAAUAAAAUUAUUUCAGAUGAAGAUUAUUCAGCUGCAACAUUGCCGAUAGUAAACAUGUUGAAUCCCAGAAGCAGUAAUAUAUCCACAACAAAAUUAGACUAUCCAGUUCAAAAUACUGUUAGUCCUUCACUUACUAGAAGCAUAACUUCACAGAUAAACAAUAAUUCUAUCAAUUUAUCUGUAAACAAUUCCGACCCCGUUUCUAGAAAUAGUUGUGUAAUACAGCAAAUAAAAGUUUCCAAUGACAUGAAUAAUUCUGAAAUUCAUUUGAGAUCUUCCAUUAAUGCUAAAAACCGUUGUUUUAUUUAUGAUUCAAACAAAUUAUCUGCAGUCGAUGAUGACCUUUCCAACAAUAUGUACCGCUCUCUUCAACCAUAA